AUGUUAAAUCAAAAAUGCAUUAUGGUCAAUCUUUUACAAAGCAUGAUUCUCUCAUACUCUAUAUAUCACCAAUCGCAAAACUCAUGUGUACUCAAUUUGAUACAAUUAAUAAUUAUAACAUUGAUUACAUUAGGAUUAAUAUUGCUAUAAAAUGUUUUUAAUAAGUUCAUGUUGUAAGGAACUAUUAUAUGCAUAUAAUUAGAUAUGUUCUGUUUAAUAAUAAUGAAUAUACACAAUUUUGGUAGGAUACCCUUUUCAUAAAUAAUAAUAGCUUAGAUUUUAAUAAAGGACUUGUUUUUAGACUUUAAAUUGGGUGUUAAAUCUGAACUAUUUGCUUUCUAGGCAAUAACUUCAAUAUUUCUACUAGUGUAUUCAUAUUUGAGAAUUGAGUUCGAUAGAGAACAACCGCAAUUAUUGACCACUUUGAUAAUAUCGUUAUACUGUAACUCUUCUUUGCCAAAACAAAGUCAACCUCAAAUGACGUCAAUGAUAACAGAAAUAACGAAUACUAAUAAAUAGGACAUACUAAACUCAAAGAGAAAUGUUUCGCAAUUUGAUCUGGAUCAAAAUCAAAACUCUUUAGGAAUGAGGGAAACAUCAACCACAGCAGAUAAUGGUCUUUAAGAGACGAGCAUUUAAUGUUUUGAAUUGUUGCAAGAAGGCGUGAUUUUACUUGUUCCAGAAUCAAAUACUGCAACUUUUCCAUAUUCAAUUAAAUAUGUGAAUCAAGCUACUAAAUUGUUAUUCAAUAGAGAAACAGAUUAAGAAGUACUCCAAUUCAUUGAUGGUCUGAAUACAUUCUAAUUAUUUAAUGGAGAACCAAAUGAAGAAUUAUUAUUUGUAUCUCAAUAUCAGAGAUAACCUUCUUUACAUAUUUUCAGAUAAACAACAGAAUCUAAGGAUUAGCCAUUUUAAUAACAGAGAAAUCUGACUUAGGAUGUUUCAUAAAUUUAGGACAGGAAUCAGAAAUUUAAAAUAAAAUAAAUCAUUGAAACAUUAUUGAAAUCUAAAACUUAAGAAUGUGUUGUAGUUUAAGCCUAAUUAAAUACAAGAUUUACACUCUUCACAACUCAAUAAAUACAAACUUCCUAAACAUAUAUUAAUACAGAAAGCAACUAAGUAAUUGAAUUAACACUGACUUUGAGUAAAAAUUAAUAUAUCAUUAUAAUUUGUAGAGAUGUAACUCAUAGACAGAAAAUUAGAUAUUUAAAAGAGUAUGACAAAUAAAAGUCUAAAAUGCUCUCAUUUGUCAGUCAUGAAUAUCGUUCUCCAUUAAAUUGUAUUAUUCAGAUGUUAGAAUGUGUCCUUAAAUAACAGAAUAUCAUUAACAAUCCUGAUAUUAAUGAGUAAUUACAAAUAGCAUUAGAUAACUCAAAUUAUAUUUUAAAUUUAUCUAAUGAUCUAUUAGACUUGGCCCAAAUAAAAAAUGGGAAGUUCAGAGUUGAAAAGGUACUAUUUAAUUUGUAAUCCUUAAUCGAAGAAUGCUAAUAAAUGUUUAAAUUAAAAGCCAAGUUGAGGGGAGUACAAUUAUCUACCUAUUAUUAUUCUAAUCUACCAAAAACUCUGCUUUCUGAUAGGAAUAGGAUUAAACAAAUAAUAAUAAAUUUGUUAAGUAAUGCAUUCAAAUUUACUCAAAGUGGAAAAAUUACUAUAAUUCUUGAGUAGCUCAAAUAGAAUGCCUUAAGAAUUGGAGUGAAAGAUGAAGGUAUUGGCAUUUCUGAAGAAGAUCAGUAAAAUUUAUUUAAAGCAUUCUCAAAGGUAAAUUCUGAAGAAAGUAGGAAACUUAAUCAAUAAGGUGUUGGACUGGGUUUAGUUAUAAGUAAUCAGAUAGCUUAAAAUAUUGGAUCUACUGGACUUAAUAUAGAUUCAAAAAAUGAAAAGAAUAAUCAUUAUUGCCAUUUUUAUUUUGAUUUAUAUUUUGAUGAAAAUUUCAAAAAGAAAAUCUCAAGUUUCAGAAUACCUGAAAUUUCAUUACAGCCAUAAGAAGUUGAUGAAAUAAUUAGUUUCAAAACAAUACCUUCCCACAUUAAGGAAGACUUAUCAACUCAAUAAAAUUGUCUUCACUAUUUGAUAGUCGAUGAUGAUUGUUUCAAUAUCUUUGCAUUCAAAAGAAUGCUAAUGGAAUUGUAUAAAAAUAGAAAGCAUCUGUUUACAAGUGAAUUUGAUAUUGAUUCAGCCUUGUCUGGCAGUGAAUCAAUUACAAAAAUAAAAACCAAGAAGUGUUGCAAUACUUGUUAAGGCUACAAAAUAGUUUUCAUGGACAUAGAAAUGCCAGCUAUGAAUGGCUAAUAAACUACUAAAAUCAUUCUUCAAAGCUUUCCCAAUUAGAUUAUUAUUGGUUGUAGUGGUUAUACAGAUCAAUAAGAGUAUGAAAAAUGUAUUAAUUCUGGAAUGGCCGACUUUUUAGUUAAACCAAUCAGAGAAUUAUAAUUAAUAUAAAUACUCAACAAGAAUUAAUGA